UACACAACCUACAAGAUCCAAAAAGAAAGUCCAGAGUCCUUUUACCCGUUUGUCUUCAAUGACAUCAUGGGCCUGGAUCCAGACAAAGGUGUCCAAGUGGAAGAUGUCAAACUGGCUUUGAAGGGACAUGUGAAGGACGGUUACAGGUUCAAACCUGAAUCAGCGUUGUCAGAGGAGGAUCAGUUCUACAACAAAUAUCCCACUGCCAACGACAAAGUGCACGUUCUGGUUUGUGUUGUUGAUGUCAGCAGAAUACAUCAAAUGAAUAAAAUAACUGUAGAGAAGAUUUGGAACAUCAGGCAGGAAGCCAGUCACCUGGGAAUUCCUCAAGUGGCCAUCCUCACCAGAAUUGAUGAGGCCUGUCCUAAAAUCAAACAAGAUUUAAAGAACGUCUACAGGAGCAAGUCCCUGAAGGAAAAGAUGGAGCAGUUCAGUGCAGACGUGGGUAUUCCCAUGAACUGCAUCUUCCCUGUGAAGAACUACCAUGAAGAAAUCGACCUCAACAAUGACGUUGACUCGCUGCUCCUGAGCACACUGAAACACAUCAUCAACUUCGGAGAAGACUGCAUCAACUUCAAAAAGAGUCAGUCUGAAUGUUGAGACAUGUACAGGUUUGGUCCUCAGUGCUUGUGUUUUCAGAUAACAAUGCUCCAUACUCAACUAUAGUACAUGUAAAGUGCCGCGCAUGAAUAAUGUAGCCGGAAGUUCCUUUUCACUGGUGGUGAACAGCUUUACGUUGAGUCAGCAGGACAUUUUUAUGGAUCAGGGUUACAGAUUAUAAUGAAAUUUGACAUUUUUACUAAAGCUGUCCUUGUUUUUUGAUGAGGGAGUUAUUUUCUUCAAUUGUGGUGUUGUGCUUUUGGAUUUCAGUUUUUGUUUAAUUUCUUGUGUUUUCUUUGCCUUCAAUCAUGUUGUAAACAAGUGUUUUUUCACUGUUAUCCUUUGGAUUUAAUUGUUCUGUGACUGAUAAUCUAUGAAAUAAAUAAAUGUUUGACGGCAGC